AUGACUGUCCACAUCUUCCAGAAAUCCGCAUCUCGCACGACGGUUGCGCCAUCCUCAAAAAGAGCAUAUGUAUCAGCUUUGAGGAAGAGUGUUGAAGUCGUGUGGCUCGAUGUUUAUAACCUGGAUGAUUUGAGCCAAGUGAUCAAUGUCAAUAUUCAGCCGUGA